CGACUGGCGUGAACAAAUUGUCGAAGUCGAAGUGAAUUUUAAGAGCCAUUUAAGUUUCGCGAUACUAACGUCAUUUUGUUAUUAAAUAUUACUGUACACGAACAUUGUUAUAUGCUGAAGGAUAACUAUUAAGUUGUGUUAAUAAAAGUAAAAAUCGUUUUCGUGGCUCGGGCGCUAGCGAAUGAAACUUGAGAAUGAAAUUAUUAGCCCUGCUGUUUGCCUUUGUGGCUUCGAAUGGAGUGCUUGCUGAUGUUUCUCAUCUGAGUAGUGACCUGCAAGAGGAUGGUUAUCAUUACAAACAGCCAUCGGUGCCAUUUCCACCACCACCUUCGGGCAAUGAGAUAGACGAUACAGGCUACCAGCCACAGCCGCAGCCGCAGCCGCAACCGCAACCACAGCCGCAGCCUCAGCCAUCGUACCCAGCUCCUCGCCCACAGCCACAACCUCGACCACAGCCUCAACCCCAACCACAACCAUCCUAUGGAGCUCCCAGGCCACAACCACAACCUCAACCCCAACCCCAGCCACAACCAUCCUACCCAGCCCCAAGGCCACAACCACAACCACAACCGCAACCUCAACCCCAACCCCAGCCUCAACCCACUUACGGCGCACCUCGACCACAACCCCAACCCCAGCCUCAACCUUCAUAUCCAUCCUCUCAGCCACAACCACAGCCAUCGUAUCCUGCGCCAAGACCGCAGCCACAGCCACAGCCAAGUCGCCCAGCUCCGGCUCCGGCUCCGCGGCCACAACCGCAACCUCAGCCUAGCCGUCCUGCGCCAUCACCACAACCAGGCCCCGAAUAUCUUCCUCCUGAACAACCCCAGCAGCCAAGACCCCGGCCACAGCCACAACCACGCCCGCAACCUCAGCCGCAGCCUCAGCCUCAGCCAACAUAUCAGGCUCCACGCCCACGGCCUCAACCUCAACCACAGCCUUCUUACGGAGCUCCCCAGCCACAACCACAACCACAACCACAACCGCAACCACAACCGCGACCGCAACCACAACCACAGCCAUCAUAUCCUGCGCCACGUCCACAACCGCAGCCGCAACCACAACCAACACCAGGACCUGAAUAUAUCCCCCCAACAGCAGGUACCACAUACCAACCACGACCUCAACCCCCUGCGCCGGGUCCUACGUAUCAGCCGCGCCCACAACCACCUUCGCCAGGUCCUACAUACCAGCCACGCCCGCAGCCAUCUACCCCUGGUACAACAUAUCAGCCACGACCCCAACCACCUGCGCCAGGUCCUACAUACCAGCCACGACCCCAACCCCCUGCGCCAGGUCCUACAUACCAGCCACGUCCAGAGCCAUCUACUCCUGGUACACCAUACCAACCGCGACCGCAACCACCUUCCCCUGGACCAACUUAUCAACCACGCCCACAGCCACAGCCAUCGACGCCUGCAAAGCCUGGUCCCGAAUACUUGCCACCCCCCGGUGAAAAUGAAGUAGGCCCAACGCAGCCAGCUCAACGCCCGAAACCACAACCGCAACCGCAACCGCGACCACAACCGCAACCACAACCACAACCCAGACCUCAACCAACGUAUCAGGCGCCACAGCCAGCUCAACCGGCGCCACAACCAACUUAUCCAGCACCACAGCCCUCACAGCCAGUUGGUCAAUCUACGUAUCCGGCACCGCGGCCCGCACAACCGUCGCCAGGUCCGACAUUCCCAGCACCAAGGCCAUCAUAUCCUGGAUCUCAGCCGUCUUUCCCGGCGCCACAGCCAACUCAACCAGCGCCGCAGCCAACAUACCCAGCACCCAGGCCGGAACCCAGUUACCCUGCGGGUCCAGGUGGUCCAGAAGGUCCAAGUGGACCGGAUGGUCCGACAGGCCCAGAAGGUCCCGAAGGUCCUCAGGGUCCAGAAGGUCCUGGCGGUCCUGGCGGUCCUAGUGGUCCCGAGGCUGGAUCUCUUGGACCAGAUGGUUACAACUACAACAAACCAUCAAGGCCCUUCUCCUAUUAAACAGCCGAACCCAAACACAUGAAACUCGCCCGUUAAGUAUUAUAAAAUUCUACGAAUGAGUAAAAAUUACAAAACAAUUGAAAAAGCCAACAAAUGAAACAAAAAACAUUAGCGCAUGAGCAACAUGUCUUCCAUAUGGUCUAAAAAUAGACAAAACAUCAUUUCUCACGAAAGCAAA